AAGACCCCAAAAUGAAAGACAGACAGAUAUUAGUUCAAGUGUAAAUAGUGAAGACAAUGAGACUGCCACAUUAUCUGGUGCUUUAAACUCUGAAUCAGAGCAAGCUGCAAAUAGUCUUCAUGAUGGACCAUCAGCAGAUGACACAAGUAAUGAAGACAGCAGGACAGAUGAGCUAUCUAAAUCAAAGCAAGAUAAAGGGGAUGAUCAAGUAGGAGUUCAUGAAAUAAAUGUGCUUGAAGAUGCUGAGACACCUGAAAAAGCAAUUCCGUGGCCUAUGGAAGGUGAACUCCAAAAUGAAGACCAACAGCAGGAUUCUAACAGAAGUGAAAGUCUGCCACAACAAAACUCGCAAGAGGUCUUCAUCGAUGUGAAUCCAAGUACAAGGUUUGGUCCUGAUCCUAGUCCAGAAUCUUGCCAGAAUGAUGGAUUUGUCAGAAAUGCUCGACGACAUAACGAGCCUGACAGUCCACCAGAGGAAAGAGCAGAAUAUGAAGAAAAUGAACAAACCUUAUACAAAGGUACUGAAGGAGAUGUGAUCAGGCAAGCAACAGGUGAUGAAUCAAGUGGCUCUUUCUUCACGAUUGUAAAAACCGGGCAACAAGAAACUGUUGCUGUCUCUCCUUCAGCUGCAACCUACCUUGAUAAUCCACCAGCUGGAGACCCAAACACUGUGCCAAUUGAUGAUGCCAGUAAUGAAGGAAUUUGGGAGGAAGGAGGGGCAGAAACAAGUGCUGAAGUAAGUGCCAUUACAGCAAUUGAUCAGCAAGGCUUGGUCCAGUCACAGAUAAAUGAAGAUGUUAGAAAUGAUAAUUAUGAUGAAACUUCCUGCAAAGUUCCUGUAGGAGAUGGGGCCGUUCAAGAAACGGGCAAUGAAUCCAUCACGAAACGUGGUCAACAAGAAACUGGUACUUUUGUAAAAGGUGGACAACAAGAAAGUGCCUGGAACCCUGUCCAGCUGUCAGUGGAGAGUUCACCAAGUGAAGCAAUUGAAUCAGAAGAACCGGUAGAGUGUUGUCAGUCUGAGACUGCCAGUUUUAGAGACUUACCUGUCAGUGGUUUGGGUGUGGAAUGUGGUUUGGCUGCUUCACCUAGACAUGUAGGUGUCCAAACACACAAAGAACAAAAGCCCCUACAUGAACAAAUCUACCCAAGUAGGCAGGAUGAUCAGGAAAAUGAAGUGAACUCAGAAGAAAAUGAUGUGUUGCCUGUGGAAACUCCCUCCUCAACCUCCACUGGUGAUGAAGCCCAACAGGUAGUACAAGAAAUUAUCCAGAAUUUACUGAUAAAAGCUACAACAGAGGCUAUUGAAGAGUUCCCAGGCACAAUGUCAGGGCUGGUGACACAUCAACGACCAGCUAUAACCACAGACAACAGAUCCAAAUUAGCCUAUCGGAGGUCAGGCCAGGCAUCAGGUGGUACAGUAAGAAUGCACCAAUCAGGCGCCCUGUCUCAACCCCAAGUGAAAGCCAAUGAACUUGAUCCACAAGAGCAAGUCGAAGAUCUGUCUUCUGCUGGUGGUACAGGGGAUUGGAUGGGAAUUCUGGCUGCUGGUGGUACAGGUGGUUCCACGGGAAAUCUGGCUGCUGGUGGCACAGGCAGUUCCAUGGGAAAUCUGGCUGCUGGUGGCACAGGCAGUUCCAUGGGAAAUCUGGCUGCUGGUGGUACAGGCAGUUCCACAGAAAAUAUGGCUGCUGGUGGUACAGGCAGUUUCUUUGGAAAUCCAGCUGCUGCCAGUUACAGGGCUGCUAAGGACCAGGUCUCGGACCAGGACAUUGUUCAGAGAUGUAGCAUGGACGAGGCAGGGGGUGAUGAUGAAUGUGCCGCUGGCGGUGCAGACCAAGUGCAAGAUGACGACAGGGUGUCAACUGAUGGCCGAGGAAAAAGAACCCACAACAAGGAGACAUUGAGUGACAGUGAGGAAGAAGAAUCUAGUAAGAUAACAAAGAAAUAAAUCUCUGGAGGCUACAGUCACGCCCACCUGGUUCUGACCAUCUCGGUAACAUUUCUCUGUUUCAAAACAGCUUCUGCAAUUUACUCAGAGUUUAGAUCUGGUAAAAUUUCUUCAUGUCUGAUAAUGUUUAACAAGAAUGGCAGCUAAACUUAAGAUUGAUAGUGAGGAUUUCUGUUCCAGAUUAUGUCUGCUGUAUUAGUAUAGCUAAGUGAAUAUUGCUACAUAUCGAGGUGUAUCACAUGGAAAUAUGUGCAGCUGGGUAACAAGACUGUAUUAGCAUAGCUAAGUGAAUAUUGGCACAUACUGAGGUGUAUCACAUUGAAGUUUGUGUAACUGGGUGUCAUAGGGGGCAUUCCCAUAGAUUUUAGAUCGAUCUAUCCCCUUGGGGAGUCUCACUAGAUUACUGUCAGAUAAUCCG